AUGCUAGACGUCGCCUCGAAUCUCGACGAUAUCAGCAAGACAACCUUCUGUAUUCCUUACAGACCACAAGAGGGCUCUGAUCCAAUCGAGAAAUUGAAGAGAUUCAUCCCGCCAACUUCCUCCUCGCAAGAUUAUGAUUUGGAAAACGGCCUAGAGUUGAGGUUUGAGGCAUAUCGGGUGGCAUGGAAGAAAUGCCUGGAUAGAAUGCAGGGAAUCAUCAGAGACCUCCAGAGGUCGACGGUCAAAGCCGUCGUACAAGAAGUACGGUCAUCCUACACCAACAUCCUUCCUGGUUUACCCCACCCUGAGCUUCCAGUCAUUUCGGUUAUCAAUCCUGGAUUGGGCACAUCGUUUAUGGAGAAUAUCACGACUGAAUUAGAGGCGAACAACUCUGAAGUCGAUUUGCCAACAAGUGUUGGAAGUUCGGUCAUUCAUCUUUACCCACCCGACCUACCCAAUCUCUCAACGGGGAUGCGGGCCAUAAUAUCAGGAUUCAUCGAGAAGGAUGAAAGGGAAAAUGUGAAGCGCAACUCCGGUGCAUCUAUGGCUAGCUACAAUAUACUCUAUUUAGCGGCAUGGUACAAAUCUUGGGCGAAAUCUGGUGGUGUCCCGCAACCCAAUCUUGUCGUCGUCCUUCACGACUUUGAGCAAUUUGACCCACUUGUAAUGCAAGAUGUUUUUCACAUCUGCAGUACCCAAGUGCCUCUGGUCCCGCUUAUUUUCCUGCUUUCGAUGACAUCGCCCUCUUCGAACUACCUAAACACAACUUAUUCCCGGUCGACUCUGUCCCUACUCCGCCUGCGGACGUUUUCAGCACCGUCAGGGAUCCACAUUUUGCAAGAAUUAGUCGUUAAGACUUUCUUUCAUAUAGAUUUCGAGCCUGACAUCAUGAUUGGCCCCGCGAUACUAGAAUACCUUCAGGACUACUUCACGAGAUACAAUUCCUCGACUGAUGCCGUUCUUACCUUGCUCCAACUUGUCCAUUUGCAUCAUUUCACUACCGACCCAUUCUCUGUCUUGGUGCACCAAUCUCCCAGUGCCGGCGUGCUGUCUCAGAUUUCGUCCAAACCUUUCCUUGAAAUGCUGAAAGCGCGAAUUGCAUUGCUCCUGGACGAUAACGACGACGCCAUGAAUGUUGAGGAUUGGCAGUCGCUCGCCACCGCUUCGGUCGUUACCACAAUUGAUGAGGCUCGUUCCGAGUUCUAUCUUCGUGCCCGAAAUAUCCGCAAAGCCUUCGGGGUUAUGCUCCGCAUACAAACGGUGUUGGAAUCCAACGGUCAUAAAGGCUUGGAAUGGACACUCAAUGCUGAGAACAGUGGUCGUGUAUGCAAUGUCCUUCUUGAUAUUCUGCGCGGCCAACUCUCUAGGGACGUGAAGCGCCUGGGCCUAAUCAUAAAGAAACUAAGCUACGACGAGCUGCGAGCAGUAGUGAACAGCGUUCAUAGAUAUGUUUUCACGAUGCCACCUCAAGCGUGCUCAGAGGAGCCAGAAGCUCGCGCCCAUAUUGCCUACUACUACUCACAGCUUCCGGAUGGACCACAUGUUUCCACCCCCGAAAUAGCUGCGCACUUCAGCAACUGGAUUACCAAGUACCUCGGUGAUAAGCUUCUGCCACUUGACGAUGUCGAUCUAUGGGAUGUGUGGUACGCUGGCAUAACACCCUUCCCUUCAGAGCUGAUCAACCCGUCCAUUCGGGCGUCUAUAAUAGCCGGUCUGCUCCGCCCACAUGAAUUUCUGGAAGACCUGGAAAUCAGGGUGGUCAGACAGCGCCCAAUUCCGAAAGCCCUAUGGGAGCUUCCGGACACGAGCAUCCUCUUCAAGCGGUAUCUGGACAGUGGGAAGAUGGUCAACGUAUACGACUGGUACGAGGCGUUCAAGUCCGUCCUUGACACCCAAAGGACGCAAUUGCUGGAGGCUGCUGCUAUGUCAAGCGGCACCCCGUCAUCCUCUCCGCGAAAGCGGGGUAGAAAGCCGAAGAACCAACAACCCCUUCUCGACACGACUGAGGUUGAGGAGGAGAAGUGGGGGAUUGAGACCCAGGCGCGGUUCAUUCGGGCGCUGCACGAGCUCGACUACCUUGGUUUCAUCAAACAUACGGGACGCAAGGCUGAUCAUGUACUGAGGACGGUGUUUGACGUGGAUGACGCAGAGUGA